AUGGGUCGGCUCGACCGGAAUGAUACCACGGCCUCACAGAAAACCGGCGUGAAACAACCACAGCGUUGUGUUUCACCGUAUUACAUCCUUAUACCAUCAGGGCAAAAGAACCAGUUGUUAAUGCUUGAUGGGUUCACCUUCGCACAGAUGCACAGCAAAAGACAUUGGUACUGCUCCAAGAAAAAGGCUGGCUGCAAAGCCAAGAUUAAAAUGGAUGUUGACCUUGUAACCGUCAUCGAAUCAUACAGGACACACAAUCAUCAGCCCCCGGAGUAUUAUGUGACUAAAGCCGGAGAAACCAGUCAAGGCUGUGUCAAAAGCGCAAAAAAAUACGGCAGUCUCUACUCAGAGCAGGAGUUGAAACGGUGUGGUCAGACUCUUAUUGAGGAGAAGACCCAGGGGGAUGGAGACAAUUUACAAAAUGAAAUAAAAAAUCCCAUAUUUAUACCAACUGGUUUGAAGAACAAGUUGCUUAUGCUUGGAGGGUUCACUUUUGCACAAGUCAGCAAGAGAAACUGGUACUGUUCGCGAAAGAAAAUUGGUUGUAAGGCCAAAGUGAAAAUGAACCCUGACGGAGUGACAAUAACGAAUGCUAUGAAUUUUCAUAACCACAAAGCUCCUCAAUACGUGAUAUCAGAAUGUGGAGAAUAUGUCUUCAUAAGAACUCGAUCUAAGAAGUGA